AUGCGCCAUACUGUUCAUUUUGGAACAAAAGGUGCAGAAGAACAGCGUCCAAAUGUACGUUCUAUUUUUGAGAAGCAGAAUCUCCACCACGAUAAGAAAUAUUUUGAUAGUAGUUUAAUUGAAAUAAGAUCUAAAGUAGAUGAAGUACUCACAAGUUCUGAAGAUAUAUGGGUUAAAAGAACCGAGGAGAAAGUGGCAUCUGUAAGAGAAGAACCUAAUGUUACCUCUCCAGAAAAUAAAUCAGAAAAUAAAACCGAUGAAGUAAUAUUUCGUUCGGCUGAAAAUGAUGCUGAAAAGCCCAGAUCACGGUCGGGGACAUGGAGUUCUGCAAUAGGAAGCAAACAGAAAGAACUUUUGAAGAAGACUCCAGCUCGUAAAGAGAAAGAAGUGCGACGCAGUAGUGACGACAGGAGACAAAAACGAGAACAACGCCUUGACGCUGCUAUCACACGUAGUACCCAAUCGGUUGGAGAACGCAAACGUCGUGGCUCCACAGACGAUGGUCAACCCCCAUCCAAUGUACCAGCAAACUAUACACGGGACCUCCGGCGUCAGCCGGAGGCCAGCAUUAUUUGA